AUGAAUGAACCCUCUAUAACUUCAUUGCCUCAUUCACAGUCAGAUAAACCAAUUAUCUCUACACCAUUAUCAUCAAUUGUUGAAAUACACUCUACCCCUUCAAAUAAUCGUUUAAUCACUUGUAAUAAUACCUCUGUGGAUAGUGAAAGAAUUAAACGUCCAAUGAAUGCAUUUAUGGUAUGGUCACGUUUACAACGACGUAAAAUGGCUGAAGAAAAUCCAAAAUUGCAUAACUCAGAAAUAAGUAAACAAUUAGGCAAUUUAUGGAAAUCGCUAACCAAUGCUGAUAAAAUUCCAUUCAUUGAAGAAGCUAACCGACUACGUGAUUAUCAUAUGAAACGUUAUCCAAACUAUAAAUAUUGUCCACGAAGAAAACGUAAACAGUCAAACGUGAAAAGCUUGCCAUCACAGUAUAAAAUGAAAUCGACAACUGACCUACCAAUAGGAUUAGUUCUAUGCCCAACUCGUACAAAUUCUUUCCAGGCGACAAGAUUAACUAGAGUUUCGCAUAUUGUAACAUCAACAAUCCAACCAUAUUAUAAAACAUGCGGUCCACUACUAACGCAUACAAUUAGACCGCAGCAAGAAGAAGAAGUUAUGCCCGCUAAAAAUAUUUGUACGAUGUAUGAGCCUAAUUAUAAGUCGGAACACUUUAUACUACCGUCCUCAUCAUCAUCUAUUAAAAUGACACAAGUGUACACUACACCGCCUACAGUGUCGGAUUACUAUCCUUCAGAGAAUACACCAGCCUACUUCCAGUCAACUGAUGCAAAUUAUACUCCAUAUAGAAUUCAGCUGGCGAAUACAUCUCAUCUAAGCAAUGAUAUUCGAAAUAAUUAUACAACUGAUUAUAAUAUUGAUGAAAUGGAAUCCUAUCCAAACUUGAAUAUUUGUCAACCUUACAACACUACCUCUACUUCUAAUAAUAAUAACAUCGUAAAUACAAAUAACCAUGAGACUUCCAUUUACAAUCAUUCACAUUCACCUGAGAUGUAUUCAGGUUUUUUAGAUUCAAUUGAUUUGAAAACAUUUUUCUAA